GGGUUACGGUUAGGGGUUCUCAGAGGGGUAAAGCCCAGGAAGGAUGAUGUGGCCCAAUUUUUUCCUCCAGCAGGAGGAGCAGCGCAUGGCUGGCUUGCGGGGCCGGGUGGGCGGCAAGCGGCGCCCGGCCCUCACCGACGCCCAGGAGGGCAAGAUCAAGCUGGCCUUCUUCGUGGCCAUUGUGGGGGUGACGCUGACCGUGCUGGCCGUGGGCACUGAGUGCUGGGUGGAGCUCAACACCUACAAGCAGAACCACAGCACCAUGUGCGAGGCCGCCCACUACGGCCUCUGGAAGUUCUGCUACAAGAAGCUCUGGGUGGAGGACGUGGAGGCGGAGAGGGCGACCUGCGGCCCGGCGGAGCUGCCCGGAGAAGCCAACUGCUCCUACUUCAAGUUCUUCAGCACGGGGGAGAACGCCCACAUCUUCCAGAGAACGACAAAAAAAGAACUGAACAUCACGGCGGCCGUGAUCUCUCUUCUGAGCAUCACCCUGAUGGUGAUGGGCUCGCUGUGCAUCACCAUGGCGCUGAGCAAAGGGGUGGAGUUCCUGCUCAAACCCGCCUCCUGCUUCUUCAUGAUCUCCGGGGUCCUGGUGCUGCUCAGCCUGGAGGUUUUCCGCCACUCCGUGCGGUGGCUCAUCAGCAGCGACCGGCGCGUGCCGCUGGAGUACGAGUACUCGUGGUCCGCGGGCUGCGCGGUGGCCGCCGGCGCCGCGCUGAUCUUCGGCGGCGGCUGCUUCCUGCUCCUCGCCCUGCCCGGCCGGCCCCAGGAGCCCGGCCACUGCGGCGUCCCGAGCGCCGCCACCAGCAGCGCCUGAGG